CGUGGACAUCAUUCUUGCGCGAUAUGUACCAAGCUUUCCUCAUUGUCUAAGCGAGGAGCUUGGUGAGCUUGUAUCUCCCAAUCCCUGCCGAUCAAUUCUCCACAUGUUGCGCGAGUAUGCAAGACGCGCAAGCAUCUAGACCAUUUUCGAGCGUGCUUCAUGCAUUGGACAACAAAUGCCUGUUCUUUUAUAACAAGAAGCGACAUCAACGGCCAAUUGUUGUCCCAGUAGCGGUCUCCGUUGCGUCAUGAGCGUCUUUCACUCGGAUAGCCGGGAACUAUUUUGGGAUUACUCCAGGAAAUUCGCGCACCGCCACUUGAGGCCACAGCUCGGAGUGGCAUCACAAUGGGAGAGGCGGCAUGAUGAUUUGGUUCCAGGGUUCGCGCGGAAAGGGCACUAUGACGAAGCUAUUUACUCAGCUAAUGCGUCCCUGAAGUUCCGGGGUGUUAGUAUACUGGCUAAACAAAGAUAUAUAAACCCCUCCUUUCUCCUUACAAUUCAUGUUGACAAUCCAGCCCAUCUUAACAUCAAUCUUCACUGCCAAACGUCAAUCGAUAUUUCUUGAAUAACCCCUCCAAGAACUAUCAUCCUUACACAUUUUCAGCAUGCCUUUCUGGGGUAAGACCCUCCAACAGAUUAUCUUCCAUUGAGCACACUGACUCAACGCUCCAACAGACAACUCCGAGGAUGCCUACGAGCGCGUCUACAACAACGACCAGUUCGAAGAGCACAAAUCGUCCUUUGGUCACGAACUGGUGGCCGGCGGUGCAGCUU